CAUAGUAAAACCUUAUUCCGAGGACAAUAUCGUUUUGCUGUCAUAUCCAGCCUUCCGCAGUAUAAUUUUGGGCUUCAUACUCGCCAUGCAGCUCUCCGUCGGUCUGUUGCUGAUGGUUCUUUUAGUUGCUUCUUUAGAAGGAACUCCGAUGCGAAGGCGACUGGACCAGUUUAGCAAAAUGAUAUCGCACGAGACGGGCCGUUCCUCUCUUGACUACAGUAGCUAUGGCAACUGGUGUGGACUUGGGGGAAGUGGGGAUCCAGUGGACCCAACAGACACGUGUUGUAAAAUACACGAUCGCUGCUACUACAACGCCAACCGUGCCGAGUGCAGCGCUUGGGUGAAAACAAAACCAUAUCUCAACAAGUAUCAGUGGGAACUGGGGGCAGGCGGCAUCGUUUGUUUGGACACCCCGGCGACCUCUUGCAUGCGGGUAGUGUGUGAGUGUGACAAGGCGGCCGCGGAGUGUUUUGGUAGGCACGUGGCCACAUACUCGAAGACGAACCAAGGGCUCUUGAGUAGCCUUUUUGGAAAAUGAAAAUGAUCCCAGUCUUUUGCAGGUGAUAGACUUUUAAAUUGAAACUGAACUCUGUGAUAUGUAGAAUGCUGUCAGUUUGGAUAAUGCAUAAUAAAGAAAUCUGUCAGGUACUCCU